CUCCUCUCAAAUCCACAUUGUUCUGUUCUUCCUGUCGCGAGGAAGCCAUUGUAGGAGGUAAAACAAUAAGGUGGGAAGAAUUUAGGGAACAUGGCGGCUAUGGGUGGGGACGAAAGGCAGAGGAUGGAGGCUCCGGCAGGGGACAAGUUCCCCGAGGGGCUGCGCGUGCUCGCUGUGGACGACGACUCUGUCUGCCUCAAGGUACUGGAGGUCGUUCUGCGCCGCUGCAAAUACAACCCAACGACCGUGACGGACGCGAAGACGGCGUUGAAGAUGCUGAGGGCGGGGAAGGCACAGUUCGACCUGGUGAUCACCGACGUGCACAUGCCAGGCAUGGACGGCUUCAAGCUCCUUGAGCUCAUCCACCUUGAGAUGGAUCUGCCCGUCAUCAUGCUAUCUGUGGAUUGUGACAAGAAGGCUGUGAUGAAGGGCAUAACACAUGGAGCGUGCGACUAUUUGGUGAAGCCAGUGUGCACCAACGAGCUAAAAAAUAUAUGGCAACAUGUUGAAAGGAGGAGAAAUUUUGAAGCAAAAACACACAUCAACAACAACAACAACAACAAUGAUCAUGAUGAUGAUAGAGUGCAGCCAAGGACUGCUGCCACGAGCAAGGACUCGGGGAAUAAGGGCAAUGAAGGAUAUGAUUCUAACGAGAACCAAGAGAUCACACACGUAUCCACCACCUGGAAGAAGCCAAGGGUGGUAUGGACAACUGAGCUUCAGAACAAAUUUCUAGAAGCUAUUGACCAGAUCGGCCUAGACAAGGCCGUUCCAAAAAAGAUAUUGGAACUAAUGAAAGUGGAUUACCUCACCAGAGACAGUAUCGCAAGUCAUCUACAGAAGUAUAGGUUGCACUUGAGAAGAGUCAAACCAAAUCCAGUUGGUGAUGCCUCUGAAAGACAUAACUCAUCCUACAACAACAUGAACAACCAGGGGAGUUUCAUGCGUAACCAUGAACAUGAAAUAUGGUGUAUGUCCUCUGGUCUUUUAAGUCCAAACAAUUUUUCUGCAAUGGGUCACUUAGCUCAGCCGGCGAACACACAAAGAAACUCGUGCAUGGGGUCAUUCAUCCAUGAUGGUAGAAUGUACAAGUAUGUCGCACCAAAACUGUCGGAUGCGGGAACAUUCGCUGGCUCCAUUGACCCUCCUGCCAACCUAUACAACAACAUACCCAAUGAAACAACUUUAGAUGAAUUUCCUUCAUAUAGUUUUGGCGAUUCCUAUGCUGGCUGCAUGCGUGGUAAGCUGGUGGAGACAAACAAAGGCAAGUUUCCAGACCCUUCAUACAAUUCUGCAACACAUGCGACAUUGACUGGUGUUCUUCAUAGAGGUAUAAUAUCUCCCAUCUCAUCAAAUGUGAAUGUAGAGGUGCAAAAUGAAAUGGCAACGGUCAUAAGAAAUGCUACAUCUAUGGCAGGCUUCAAUGAGCAGAUUGUUCCAAAAAAUGCACCUAGCAACCAAAGCUUCGUAGGGAUGUUGAAUGCCUGCGGCAGUCGUCCAGUGUCAUCAUCUGAGAUGGUUAAGGGAGGGAGCAGCAGUAUAUCAGUAGAUGGCUUCAGUGAGCGGAUGGCACCAUUCAACAUAGCAAAAAACACAAGCUCAGUCGGAAUGAUGUUGAAUGAAAACACCGCACCUGGUAAUGGUAGAAUCUCAAUGACACAUACAGAUAUGGCUAAUAGUGGAAGAACUAUUUCUACACUUUCCAACCAUCAGACAGAAAAUGUUGUAGCAAUAACUGACAAGCUUGAUGGCGGGGAUGCAGUUAGCAAUCACCCUAUGCAAGUGGGUACUAUUGGUCAGCAUGCACUUAAUGAUCAAUUUAAUGACAUCAAGGACUUCUCAUGGGAUGAUCUUUUUCUCAACCCGCUGGAUGCAAUAAUAUCAUCUAUAGCUCCAGCAUCGGGAGAAAACAACAAAAACAAAACCAAGACCGGGCCACAAACAGAUAUGUUGACAUUUGACAAUGGAAUGAAAACCAAAAUAGGAAGGUUCGUGGAGGGGAAUGAAAACAGAAAAGGCACUAAACAACAGACAUCUAUCUCCUCAACGACGGUGAUGGAUGGGAAGACAGCAUCGAAGAUGCUCAGGGUGGGGAAGGAGCAGUUCGACCUGGUGAUCACCGACGUGCGCAUGCCAGGCAUGGACGGCUUCAAGCCUCGAGCUCAUCCGCCUCGAGAUGGGUACCAGGAAGAAGGACGACGCUUUGGGGAUGAAGUUGACCUCAUCACAAACUGGUUGAGCUUGACACCAAACCGGGGCAGCGCUGCAUACCUAUAUCCGGGUCCAACGGCGGCGGUACAACACCUCACUCCGGUGGACUGCGGCGGGGAUGAAGACAGGGACUCAGAGAUGCCACACCAUCCCACACGAUAUGAAUGA